AUGGGUUCGAGAGCUAGAAGUCCGGAAGGCGGCAACUGUUUGGCCGGGAAAGUACUAGUUGAAGAUUUACCCAAACGGUCUAUUUCUCAAAAUGAAAUAUACAACUGGUUAAAGAAGUACGGAAAUAUAUCAGAAAUUGCAGUGUACUCUCGCUGCUUAGUGGUCCAGUUUGACUCCGACAUUGAGGCAGCUGGCGCUGUUCAGUGUGAAAAUGGUGCGUUACAGUUCGGUACAAAAGUUUCUGUGAAACACAUGGAAGCCAGUGACUUGAAGGCUCUACGCCGAGCAGGACCACCAAUCGAUCGGUUUUAUUUUCAUUCUCAGCGACAUUCGGGAUCCACUUCAGAUCGUGAUCGCGACAGGGAAAGAGGGCGUAUUUCUUCACGUCGUGAUCAAUUCCGUGAUAGGAGUAAAACUCCAGAUACCAAGCGUCUCCGGGAUGUUUCACCUCGUCGACAUUCAAGAUCGCCAAUUAAAUCGCGCAAUGAUCGCCGCACGGUUCAUCCACUAAAUUGGUUAUCAGAAGUUGCAGAACGAGAUAAUAAGCUUAAUGGAUCUAGUCUUCUUGGUCCCGCUGCAGUACCAACUGAGAAGCCUGUUGUUAACCCGCCUCCAUAUAUGGUUGCAAUAAUAACCCUUCAACAAGAUCUCGUUCCUUAUGCAGAAAUUAUUGAACAACGUGUCACUAAGACUUUAAACCCAUCAGGAGAUCCUCCUAUCACGCAUAUUGUUGUCCUGUUGAAGACUGAACAUCUUAAACUAUGUCUAGCAGAUCUGACCAAAGACGGUGUUCCAUUCGCAAUUAUAUGCACCACGUCUAACAAGUCUCAUAAUUCGUGCUCUUUGCGUAUUCUCUACACAUCAACUCAGCAUGAACACCGCAAUAUGCCUUUGGAUGAUGCUAUGUCAUUACUUCAUCGAGAAUAUACUGCAUAUCUGACGAAGACUACGAGUGAGACAAAAGCUGAUCCUCCAGAAGAUGCCGAUUUCCUGCCCCCUAGUCGACACUUAGCAUCCCUUCUCCGUAUGUUGGCUGAUUCUCGUGUCCUAAGUAUCGGAGAGUUGGACGAAAUUUCUGCCUUUGUUCAAGAACGAAAGCGUCGUCUAGAAGGUCAUCGAACUGCUGUUGCCAGCAGUGAGAAUACAGCUGAGCUCAAAUCAAGAAUUCUAAGCAUGCUCUAUCCUCAGCCUGCUACCUCUACUGCACCUGCAGUCACUUCUUCUGCCGUAUCAGCUGAUACUGCUCCUCAAACAUCAACAAUAACAGCCACAAGUAUUGGGAAUAAACUGGCUGAAAAUUUAAGUAAUCCUGUUGUGCAGAAAGCUAUAGACACGUUAAUGUCAUAUCCCACAAAUUCUACUUCAAAUCAGAAAACAUCUGGUACUACAGAUACACAGAAUGUGCCAUCAAAGAACACUUUCCGAAACAAUGUGAAAAUGCAACCUUCAACAGUCACCGGUCCAUAUCCACCAAAUAAUAUGAAGCAAAACCCCAAUUGGUCCUAUGAAGACAGUUCUAGUUAUCGUUCUGGUAGACCACCUAUGCCGAAUGACUUUGAUCAAAGCAUACCGUACGGACAGCAUACAAGGCCGAAUGCUGCAUACAUGUCACAUGAGUACCCUGGUGAAGAAUCAAGAAAGGGUCCUGGUUUUACUGAUUCCAGAGGUCUAAAAGGUGCAUAUAGUUCUGAAUAUGAAAUGCAAGGUAUGGUACCAGAAUCAAAUGGCGAGUAUGCAGGAGAAACUUAUCCCGGUUGGCCUAGACAGAGACGAAAUAAACGAGGUGGUAAAGUGGCACCAGCUGAUUCAUAUCAGUAUCUUGAUCCGAAAAGCUAUGCACGUCAGAGUAUUGAUCAACCAUCUCAACAGCCUGCUGAUCUCAUGUCCACUGAAGUUUACCCACUCGGGAGUGUUGCAGAGGCAUAUAAUUAUUCACAAGCUCCCUCGUUGCUCGGUUCAGGCGUCCGUGGAAGAUCUCAAAGAAUGACUGGCGGCAAUUCAGCAUAUAACAAUUACAAUUAUCAAGCAUUUGGACCACAACAACCGAAUAGUAUGAAUCCUUAUCAGCAACAACAACAACAACAACCUUAUGGUUAUACUAACCCAUCUUCAUUUUAUUAGCAUUUCUACGUUCAUUUCCCAUGAUUAAAUCAGUUUUCCAUAAAUAUCAUGUCCAGAAGUAUAACUGUACUUCUGGUCACUGUUUCUCAUCUCUUGUGCAGACUGUUCUGAAGAAGAAAAUAAAAGAAAAAAAUAUAUAGGUGACCUUUAUAAUUUGUGUUUUUUUUCCGAAUUGAAAAAAAGGAUUUCCUGUAUAAAGUGUUUGUAUAUUGUGCGUGUUUGUUUUCCUCAUCCUGUGCUGUUGAUUAAAAUCAUUUUCAACCCAAAAAAAAAUAAUUUAUUCGCA